AUGAGGAAUAAGAGAGACCAUUUUAGAAGAAGCAAAAGUUUCUACUCUUCACAUUAUUCAAGGGACCAUUUUCCCCAUGAAAAGGAGGCCGCACUUCUCAGAGGAUCACCUAGAGGUCGAAAGGAAUCUCCACACAGCAGAUCCGGCUCCAGUGUCAGCAGCAGAAGCUACUCUCCAAAACGGAGCAAACCUUACACAUUCCACCAGUCUCAGAAUAGAAGAAGAGAGAGAGCUGCUCAGCCCCUGAAAACAUCACAAGACACUUCAACUUUGAGCUCUUCAGCAGUUCCUUCAUCAAAGAGGGCACCUGCCACACCAAUAGUCAUUGACCAGCCCCAAGAACCUGAAUCCAACACAACAGAAUGGAUAGAAUUAUUUGCAGAUGGCCAGCUAAACAGUCGCUCUAAAGGAAUAGCAUCCAAAAUGAAGGAGAUUGAAGAGGUUUACCUGCAAGACUGUGAAACUUUUGGGAUGGUGGUGAAAAUGCUGAUUGCAAAAGAUCCUUCAUUAGAACAGACUAUACAAUUUGCUCUGAGGCAGAGUUUACAAGACCUAGGUCAGCAGUGUAUUGAAGAGCUGAAGCAUUUCAUAGCAGAGUAUGAUAAUUCUGCUCAAGAUUUUGGAGAUCAUCUUUAGAAAACUUAGCAUUCAGGCAAAAUAAAUAAA